AUGGCCCGUCCCCCACGAAAUGCCUUCCAAAUCGGCUGGAUCUGUGCCCUUCCGAUCGAGGCUGCAGCUGCUAUAGAAAUGCUAGAUGAGAAAUUUGGGAUUCUCGAGGAGCAAGAUGCGGCGGAUUCGAAUACCUAUAUGUUGGGCCGAAUUGGCAAACAUUACGUCGUAAUCGCUUGCCUCCCUGGAGGCCAGUACGGAACAACGUCAGCUACCACGGUCGCAAACAACAUGCUUCGCACCUUCGCCAAGUCACUUCGAAUCGGACUGAUGGUCGGUAUUGGGGGUGGAAUCCCUUCAGCUGCUCAUGAUAUCCGUCUCGGCGAUAUCGUCAUCAGCUGUCCCGAAGGCACUUGCGGUGGGGUGAUUCAAUAUGAUAUAGGCAAGGUUAUUGCAGAUGGGGAGUUUGAACGAACUGGCUCGCUAAAUGCUCCCCCAAGGGCACUUUUGACUGCAGUUAGCAUAAUGAGAGCUGCCGGGCUGACAGAUGAUCCCCACUACCCUCAAUAUCUCCGAAACGCAAUCGAAAGAACCGCUCGAACUCGGAAGAAUUUUGCCCGGCCUACCGCAAAUUCCGAUCGACUCUUUCAGGCUAUCCAUGAUCAUCCUGCUAGUUCAAGCAGCUGUGACGGAUGUCUAGCGGAGUGGGAAGAGACCAGAGAUAAACGGGAAGACGAGGAUCCACAGACCUAUUAUGGUAUUAUUGCUUCUAGUAAUAAGGUCAUCAAGCACGGGCGGACAAGAGAGCAACUUUGUUUAGAGACUGGGGCAUUGUGCUUCGAGAUGGAGGCAGCUGGUCUGAUGUUGGACUUCCCCUGCGUUGUCAUCCGCGGUGUUUGUGAUUAUGCCGAUUCGCAUAAGAAUAAGCAAUGGCAGGGAUAUGCUGCCCUGGCAGCUGCAGCAUACACAAAAGAGCUACUGGGCUAUGUCCCGGUUGGUCGAGUUUCACAAGAGAGCUUGGUAGUAGAUAUUUGCAGAUUAAACGACAAAAUUGAAGGCACAAAUCGACGCCUGGACCAAGCAUACAGUCAACAAGAACAGCAUCAUCGUGAGAAGGUUGCGUUUGCUUUGACGGAUCAGCAAAACCGUUGUCUCCAAACAUUCAAGACAUCAGCUUAUGAGGCGCAAAAGAACAUCAAUCCGAGAAAAGUGGAAGGAACCUGCCUCUGGGCUUUACAGAGCGCCGAAUAUAUCCGUUGGUCCAAGAGCAGCGGCAACGAUCUUCUCUGGGUGUCGGCCGACCCAGGCUGUGGGAAGUCUGUACUUUCCCGAUCGAUAAUCGAAGACUUCUUCGAAGCUUCUUGCCCAGAAGUGACAACUUGUUAUUUUUUUUUCAAAGAUAACGAUGAACAAAAUCAUCUUGCUUUAGCACUUUGCUCGGUACUCCAUCAACUUCUUAGCCAGCGGCCUCAGCUCAUACGUCAUGCCAUACCAUAUUGGGAAAAAAAUGGGGAGAAGCUCCGGCAGGAGGUUGACGAACUGUGGAGAAUAUUCACGACCGCCGUAUUAUUUGAUAAAUCUUGCAAGACAAUCUGCAUAUUCGACGCGCUUGAUGAAUGUCAUGAGACUGAUCGGAAUCAACUCAUUGAGAAGCUCCAGUCAUUUUUCCGCCUGUCACAUCCGCACAUAGAGGAUACCUGGUUAAAAUGCCUAGUUACCAGUCGGCCCUAUAGUGAUAUCCAGAAUAAUUUCCGAGCAAUCACAGACCCUUUCCCACAUCUUCAUCUUGAAGGGGAGAAAGAAAACGAUCAGAUCCACCAAGAAAUCGAUCUUGUCGUGAAGAUGCGAGUAAAGGAGCUCGCCGAAAGAGCGGCGUUGUCACGGGAAACAGUCCAGCGACUGGAGCAACAGCUUCUGCAAAUGGAGCACCGUACUUAUCUGUGGUUACAUUUAGCCAUAGACGAUAUUCAGUCUACAUUCGAGAACAGCCUUCGUCCGACCGAGGAGGAAAUCGAGUUGAUACCUGAAUCGGUAGAUGCGGCAUACGAGAAGAUUCUUUCUCGAGUGCCCCCCCGCCAAGUGGAAAUUGUGAGGAAGAUCUUACAAAUUAUCAUUGCGGCACGGCGCCCUUUGACAAUGGCGGAAAUGGCCAUGGCACUCGGUAUAGCCACCUCCCCACGAGCCCAAACUGCGGCAGGUGCUGGACUAGAGUCAAUCCAGAUCGACAAAAAGCUGCGUCGAUUGUGUGGUCUUUUUGUUUUCAUUAACAACUCCAAGAUCUAUUUGAUUCAUCAGACAGCCAGGGAAUUUCUUGUGAAGAGGAGUUGUUCUAACAGUAUCAACUACUUGUAUUCGUGGAGCUUGACGGACACCGAGGAUCAAAUGGCCAUUAUCUGUUUACGAUACCUACUGAUGGAGGAUUUGGAACAUGAUGAGGUUUCGAGCUCUAAAAUUCGAAGCUUUCUAGACUAUUCAGCACUAUAUUGGCCGGACCACAAACGGAAGAUGAGUCUGACCCAGGACCAAGAAGCGACCGGUCAAGUCCUACAAAUUUACGAUACAAGGAGGAAAAGGUUUUCAUUGUGGUUCCCUAUCUUCUGGAACGCUAUGCGGCGUGACGAGCAUCCGCCGGCAAUAACUGCUUUGCAUCUGGCAUCGUUUAACGGGCAUGAGCGACAAGUUGGGGUUCUACUAUCUCUUGGGGGAGAGGACAUCAAUUCGACCGAUGGUACCGGAACCUACCCUGUCAUUUCUGCAUCAGUGAAUGGUCAUGAGAAAGUCGUGCAGCUACUGCUCGAGAAAGGAGCUGAGGUCAAUGCCCAAGAUAGAGAGGAUAGAAAUGCUCUCCAAGCUGCGUCUUUCGAAGGACACGAUGAAAUCGUGCAGCUACUGCUCGAGAAAGGAGCUGAGGUCAAUGCCCAAGGUCGGUACUAUGGAAAUGCUCUCAAAACUGCGUCUUUCAAAGGACACGAUAAAAUCGUGCAGCUACUGCUCGAGAAAGGAGCUGAGGUUAAUGCCCAAGGUGGAUACUACGGAAAUGCUCUCCAGGCUGCGUCUUUCAAAGGACAAGAUAAGAUCGUGCGGCUACUGCUCGAGAAAGGAGCUGAGGUCAAUGCCCAAGGUGGACACUAUGAAAAUGCUCUCUAUGCUACGUCUUCCGAAGGACACGAUAAAAUCGUGCAGCUACUGCUCGAGAAAGGAGCUGAGGUUAAUGCCCAAGGUGGACACUAUGGAAAUGCUCUCCAGGCUGCGUCUUCCGAAGGACAUGAUAAACUUGUGCAGCUACUGCUCGAGAAAGGAGCUGAGGUUAAUGCCCAAGGUGGACACUAUGGAAAUGCUCUCCAGGCUGCGUCUUCCGAAGGACAUGAUAAACUUGUGCAGCUACUGCUCGAGAAAGGAGCUGAGGUCAAUGCCCAAGGUGGAUACUAUGGAAAUGCUCUCUUUGCCGCGUCUUUCAAAGGACACGAUGAAAUCGUGCAGCUACUGCUCGAAAAAGGAGCCGAGGUCAAUGCUGAAGGUGGACGCCAUGAAAAUGCUCUUUAUGUUGCGUCUUCCCAAGGACACGAUAAAAUUGUGCAGCUACUGCUCGAAAAAGUAGCUGAGGUCAAUGCUGAAGGUGGACGCUAUGAAAAUGCUCUCUGUGCUGCGUGUUCCGGAGGACACAAUAAACUUGUGCAGCUACUGUUGGAGAAAGGAGCUGAAGUCAAUGUUGAAGAGUCUCGCUAG